CCUUUGCAACCACUUUUGUAAUAAAAACGAGAAAUGUUAUAAUUAUUACAAAUCUGGUUUUUAUUACAAAUGUGGUUGUAACAACGGUGUUAGUGAGUGUAUGAUUUGAUGUUAAGAAUAGGUCACGUGUAUUAUCUGAUACCAUUUUGGCUAGGUUGAAAUCACCAAGAAGAUUUAUAAAAUCUUCAUAUAUUUUAGGGUACCUGCAGCCAUGUUUGAUGGAUGAGGUAUGAGUUUCAUCCCAACAAAAAUGAGGGUAGCUAAAGUCACCAAAAUUUAAUACCCAAAUGUUACGUUUUAAAACCCUAGUUUUCUCUAAAGAUAAUCAGCUCCAUAAAAGUAGGACUCUCUCAGACGUUAGAAUGUAGAAAAAUAAACUGGUUUACACUUUUCCAUUUCCAGUUUCACCCAUAGUAUUUCACAGUCAGUGGCUAGUUCUGUUUGUUCUGUUGCAAUUUAAGUUUGACGGACUAUAAUAAAGACACCAUCACCUUUGGACCCAGAUGUAUCCCUUCUCAAGGGUGGGUAGCCCAAAGACUGGGGGAAAAUAUCAGCAUUAGAAUGUUCGGAGGAAAGGCAUGACUCCAUACCUACAAUAAUGACGGGUAUGUGUUCGUCUAUGCGAGCAUAUAGUUCAUGUUUUCAUUGACUAUAGAUUGACAGUUAAUAUUUAAUAUCUUAAGUGAAUGAGGGUGUUUGCUUUCAUGAGAUGAUAAAGUUGGGUUUAUAUGAGGACAGAGAAACUGUUUUCAGAUACCAAUGAAUCAAUAGUACUGAAAGAAGUAUUCGAAAAACAAUUGUUGGUCACGAAUUGUGCAAGACCAGGAGAACGAAACAUCACACUGAACCAGGUUAUUAUAAACACUGGGACUUAUAUUUUUGACAGCUUAUGUGGAACCAGGAGGAGCAGAAUAAUUGUUUCCAUUAUGUUAAUUAGAUACUCAAACCGGUUACAACAUCAAAGAAAACUAUUCUGAAACAGGAAUGCCUAUAAGAGGAAAUAAAUACGUUUAAUAAGUGCAACCGCAUUACGGAGGCAUAAUGGACAAAUAUAGUGUAUACUUCUAUACUGUUGUGAAAAUUGUGGGUAAACAUCGUUUCUAUACAUAUGUAUAUUGUAAAUAUGAAAUUGUUGAUAAUAACUUCGAUUUGUCGAUGUUCCUCUCAGACACAUUGAAAAGCUCUUAAUAAUUCUGGGAGGUAACCUUUUAAAUGCAGUAUUGACCGAGAUAAUGAAAAUCAGAGUGGGGUGUUGGGAACUGAUCUACUUUCAAUAUUGACAUAAGUGGAAAAUUAUAAAACUGAUAAAUGUGUUUCCGUCAAAUGCAAAAUUGAUUGAAUGCUCUGUUCUUAUUCUAAAAUGCUUAGACCGUUCUUUCUGUCGAACAUAAGUAUGCACAUAUUUAAUCUCUACGUUAGAGUUUUCUUCACUUGUUUUGUUCUGUGUUUAAAUCGUGUUUGUUGACGUCGCACCAAAUAUGACAAGAACAAUUACUGCUGUAUUAGCACUGGUGCUGCUAACAGUUUUAGAUAUACAUGCAUCGGUUCUGCAGCAUGGAAAAGCUGUCCAUUCCACAGUGUACGAUAAUUUGAUAUUUGAAACGCAUCUUUUGGUCAUCUUACAAAACGUACCAAGUGCUCUCAACUGUAUAUGUAUGUGCGGACAAUUUAACGAGUGCCUGUCAUUAUUUUAUGACAAGCCAAACAAACUGUGUAGACUUCAUAAUGUUAUGGUGUUUAGUAAUGCUGACGGUGUCACGUCCCCAGGAUGGACCUUUUACAGAUACGGAGAAAGCGGUUGUCCGUUUCAUCUUGGCUUUAUAUCGAAUCAGGAAGGAUUAUGCGUUUAUCUUGCGGUUAGUUCUAUUUACACCUAUGAAGAGGGUCAACACCUCUGUGAGGCACGGAAUUCGCGGAUUAUUACAUUAGAAACUGCAGAAAAACGACAAGCAUUCCAAAAUCUAAUGAAUAAGUUACUGGAGAAUGACGACCUUUACCCUUUGAUAAAUGGCAAACAAUUUUACCUUGGCUUAAAACAUGAUGGAAGUGGCUGGCACUGGAAAAGUGACGAAAGUAUACAAGAGGAAUUCAUCUGGGGUUCCGGCCAACCAUACUGUCCUUCUGCUCCCUGCGCGUGUAUGACAGCUUUUCAGAUUUGGAACUGGAAAUGGAAUGACAUUUCAUGUUCGGAAUCCCACAAAGUCGUAUGUGAAUACACUGGGCAUUUGCUCAAAUAAAAACAAUUGAUUUGCCUGUAACAAUGCGUCAACGCUAAAAUCUGUGACAGUAUUUGUCAAAGUAUUCACAUAUUGUGUAGACCCUCCAUGCUUAAUCACGUUGAUGAAUUGAAAUAAAUGGUUACAUUUUCGGUUUGGAAAUUAAAAAUAUAGGAAAAAAAAUAGACGAAAUUUAUGGCAAACAAACCAUUACGCUGUAAACUUUAAAACCCUUAACCCUUUGCCUGCUGGCGGCAGUAAUUCUGCCUUUGCGACCAGUGCAGACCAAGAUCAGCCUGCACAUCCGUGCAGUCUGAUCAUGGUCUGCACUGUUCGCUAUUCAGUCAGUAAAUUUUCAGUAAACACCCCUUCAAAUAAUAAAUGGUAUUGCCCAAAUUGAAUGAUGGACCAGUCCAUUUUAGAAAUUUAGCAGGCUAAGGGUUAAGUAAUUCCAGGUUCAAUGCUUUUACCAUAGGAACUUUAAAAUAUCGUACUUCAACAAUCAAUCAAAAAGUAUAUUCUGAAAAAUCAACGCGUUAUAUUCUGAGAGGUCAACGCGGUAUAUUCUGAAAGAUACCAUGAAAGGACAAACGUAAUCAAUAUGGCGAAUUAAUAUAUAACAGAUGUUUUAGUAUAAUUCAAUAUAAAACUAAUGCAUAUUUUAAUCGAUAUUGCUCUCUGCAGACCUGGAGCGGUCUUCAGUGCAUGUCCGGAAGUGGUUAUCAAUCGGAGUGCACGGCAAAAAUACACAAAUUAUUGCAUGUCCGCAUGCAUUUAGUGUAUAAUAUGUAUGAUAUACUGACUAAAGGUUAGAGUUAGGAUUAAUAUGGUUACAAAAUAUAUACAUUAAAGAUAACUUAUCAUUCAAAUCGCUUGAAUCCGGUGUAUACCCGAGUCUGUAAUUUUUCACAGGCGCUCCAGGUCUAUUUUAAUCAUGCACACAGAUGAGUAUGAUUGCGCAAUUACUGUCACUCCACCUCCAACCCAAACUUACGAACCAAUCAGAUACUCAGUAAAGCAUGGUUUUUGUUCAGUACCCUGGUACCGAUCCGAUAAGUCAUGACUUAUUCCAUUCUCCAAAGUACAGCAACCACCAGUUUUCUGAAAGAGAAAUCAGGAUAAGUAUCUAGGGUAACUGUAAGACCGUAUAUUAAAGGCACGGUGAGUAAAUGUCAUCUGACUAUGACAUAUAAAAAGGUAAAGUUGAAGGUCUUGUUUUUUAUGGUGUCACCCCUAAUGAAAGGGCCAGCCAGUUUGGCUUAUGAGACACCCUUAUUGUGCGUACCAAUUACCUCCCAACUCCUAUCACUACGACAGGCGCCAGGCGGAUAGAAGACGGUAACCAUUAAUUUAACUAGCUCGCGGCUCACGAACCGGCCUUUUCGGAACAAGUCCCAUGACAAACAUUCCCAGGACGAACGCUCCCCAUAUUGUACUAUUAGAUUUGGAUAAAAUAAUGUAAGUAACAGUAAGUGAAUGUUUAUGAAUCUGUUUGCCGAUUGAUUGCUUACCUUUUUAUUAUUAUUAAAGCCGGGAUUGAAGUUACUUUUUCAGUAGGAAUGAUCAUUCUAUGGAUGAACGUUGUGAGGUGUGUAUGGAGUUCAAACAAGCCCCUUUUUAUGUAUUAAUAUCUUUAUAAUUAGCUUGAGUUAGUGUUGUCUUGCUUUGUUUAUGUUGUACUCAUUGGAUAUUGCUUGACUAUAUAGAUAGACAAGUUCGCAUCUUUUUUUUUCAAGAAAAGCAGACUAUUGUAUAGUGAAAUCUGUAGAAUAAAUCAUUCUUCAAUAGUUCUGUUCUAUACAGUUUGAUGAAAUCAAAAGAAAUCCAAGUUUAACAUAGAAUAUAUUCUUCGUUUUAUUUCAUGACAUGAUAUCACCGCCCUAAAAUUACAUUCGUUUUACAUAAUGACACAAUAAUGGCAUGAUUAAUGCCAUCUUAUCUCAUGUUUUACGUCACCGGCGAUUCGCCGCCCUAUAAUUACUGUCAUAACACGUUAAUGUCACCGGCGAUUCGCCGCCCUAUAAUUACCGGCGAUUCGCCGCCCUAUAACUACUGUCAUAACACAAUAAUGUCACCGGCGAUUCGCCGCCCUAUAACUACUGUCAUAACACAAUAAUGUCACCGGCGAUUCGCCGCCCUAUAACUACUGUCAUAACACAAUAAUGUCACCGGCGAUUCGCC